AUGAUUGAGCCACCCAAUCAGAUACUUGAAUAUCUUAGAUUAGCUGGAUUUUAUGGUGUUGCGAGGGUAGGGCAAUUUGAUUACGACCAAAGUUUGGUCUCAGCCCUUGUUGAGAGGUGGCGUCUUGAGACUCACACAUUUCAUACUACACGUGGAGAGUGCACGAUAACAUUAGAGGAUGUUGCUAUACAAUUAGGCCUUCCUUGUGUAGGAAUGCCUGUCAUUGGGAAAACUGACUUUAAUUGGCAAGAUGUUUGUGAAUGGCUUCUAGGAGUUAGACCACCUGCAGAUAGAAUACUUGGACAACGACUACUUAUAAAUUGGUUGGAAGAGCACUUUAAUCACUUACUUGAUGAUGCAGACGAUGUACAAGUUCAACAAUUCACUCGUGCAUAUAUUCUCAGGUUGAUUGGAGGAUAUCUCAUGCUAGAUAGAUCGUGUACUAUGGUGUAUUUGAUGUACCUUCCACUACUUUAUAAUAUGGAAGAAGUUGGAAAUUUUAGUUGGGGUUCAGCAGUUUUAGCUCACCUGUAUAGAGAAUUAUGUAAUGCUACUAAUCCAACUGAAGAUGGGAUUGGAGGAUGCUUAUCAUUAUUACAUUUAUGGGCAUGGGAUCGUUUUCCUACGCUAGCACCACAACAACCUGUAUCUCCAGAUCCACAGUCUAAUAUCUACCCUCUCUUACCUCCUUUGGGUUUCAGAUGGAAAAAUGUAGGACAAAAUCCUCGUCCAAAAUGGCAUCACCCUGAUCGUGUACUAAGGCAAUUCGGUCGUCAACAACCUAUUCCUGUCAUGCCUGUUCAUUUAGGAAAUUACCAUACAAUACAACUACGUGGCAGAAUAAGCACAAAUUGGACUGAAGAAUACUCAAACUUCAUUGAAGCAUGGAAUAGAUGGCCACAUGCUGUUGUUGAUGCUCCUCUGGCACUUGGUGAACUUGAUCAAACAUCUGAGUACAUGCAAUGGUAUUGGAGACAUACAAGACGAUGGAUCCAACGUGUUAGUGGUGAUACUGGCUAUGUGGCUGACAUAGCAGAAUAG